AUGAGUAUUCAAACAGUAGCUCUCAUCGUCGCCUUGGAAUGCAACAAUCCUGUCAGCGGCAUCAGUCAGCCGUUCAACCAUCCGAUAUGUGAUCUGUUGGUGGAUCCCAGCGUCGACCAACGACUGAACGCUACAAGCCACAGCAUCAGAGAAGUCUUUCAAACGUGUCGAAGCGAGUCUCAGGUGUUGCAGAACAGCAGCACGCACGAGGUGUAA